GAUUCAUGUAACCGAAUUUCGCUUGCGUUUUCUGUUUCCAAUUUAUUUAUUACUGAUCCAGAAAUACGGUGGAAAAAAUACUUGAAGCUAUCGUUAAAUGUGAAGAAUGAACCAAGUAUGCCGAUCUACCUGGCGACCACGGCAAGCUGCCGGAAUUAAUAUAUUUAAGAGUCUUUUGAGGCGAUCAGUUUCGUCUUCGCUGACGAAGUAUGCUUCCACAGUGCAACACGCUAGUGAUAAUGGCCACACUUUCGAGACGAUGCUCGCCAAACGACGAGCAGAAGCCCGCCGAAGCAUUCUCGUCCAGGUUAGCUCGGAACGAUCGUUCCCUGAGCUAUGGUCGUACUGCUCCCAGUUCGGAACAAUAGCCAAUUCACAACACUAUCGCAUCAAUGGUAGUGCAUCCGGUUUCGGCGAGGACGAGUCCGACUGUCAUUAUGUGUUAGUAGAAUUCAGUGCACCGGAGGCAGCGGAUGCUGCCAUGCAUUCAGCAGUGUUCAACGAAGACAAACCGGGUGUACGAGCGAGAUCGAUUUUUCUUUGGUUUCGGGCGGCUUCCAAGAGUCGGUUCAAUGCAAAAACGGCGAAAAGUCAGCAUAGCAUCAUGGGCAAUCUUAGUAGUAUCGAUGGUACACGAAUAAUGCAGGAAGAGGAACUAAAAGGAUUGCUGCUGUCAGCAGAAAGCAUCGAGGAUCAAAUUCAAAUCUUGCAUCGAACGACGGGCUUGAAUGAUUUGGGAAAAAGAUUACGAUUUUUGGCGGUUCGUCAGGUAGAAUCGUCUUUACAGGGAAUAUUCCCACAAGCAAUGGCUCAUCCGUUCGGUUCUUCGGUUAACGGAUACGGGAAGAUGGGUUGCGAUCUGGACUUAAUUUUGGACCUUGAUUCGGAAGCUGUUUUGAAACAGAAUGGUGAUUCUCGUUUAAUUUAUCACACGAAAGCUACCAACAUCAACGAACGGUCACAGGUCCAACGCCAGUUAGAAUCAAUCGGUGACGUACUACAACUGUUCCUACCGGGUGUCAACAGCGUGCGUCGGAUACUGAAGGCACGCGUUCCCAUCAUUAAAUAUCACCAUGAACAUCUGGACCUGGAAAUAGAUCUAACGAUGAACAACAUGACCGGAGUUUACAUGUCAGAACUGCUUUAUCUUUUUGCGCAAAUCGACAGCCGAGUUCGGCCGCUCACUUGCUGCGUGCGAAAGUGGGCUCAGUCGGUUGGUCUAACCAAUCAAGCCCCCGGUUAUUGGAUAACAAACUUUUCGCUCACCAUGCUGGUGAUGUAUUUUCUGCAACAACUGAGCGAACCCAUUCUACCUCCCAUCAACAAGCUGAUGCAAAAUGCGACCAAAGCCGACCUCCGUUUCACUGCCGAUCAGAUCAGUUGUGCCUUUCUCCGCGACGUCAGUAAACUUGAUUUCAAAAGCAAGAACACCUCUACCGUGGAAGAAUUACUGCUGAAAUUCUUUCAGUUCUAUUCCAGUUUCGAUUUCAAUCAGCGAGCGAUCAGCUUGAAUAUCGGAUCGUCAAUUCUUAAGCCAGACCACAGUCCAAUGUAUAUCGUAAACCCACUAGAAACCGUUCUGAAUGUGAGCAAGAAUGUAAAUCUCGAAGAAACGGAACUGUUUCGAAUACAAGUACGAAAUGCUCUUUGGCUGCUGGAUACUCACGACAGAUCGACCACGACUAGUGGAGACGAUUGGGGUCUGGUGAGCUUGUUUGGCAAUGGUAAAGCCAAAGAUAGGAUUACUCCGCAGAUGUUUUUCACCAAGCGAUUGGUGAAUGUAAAGGAUAUCUUCGACGGAGCCGUAGCAGAGGGUGAGACAGAGUAUAAAAAUCAAUUCGUAAAAAAUCGGAUAGCGAGCAUUCAGAAAGCGACACGGGAUGAAAUUAGCAAACUUGCUAAAAAAUCACUUAAUGAAGCUACUGAGACGCCCAGUGGGUCUAGCAAUGGAGUCAAGCUAAAAAGAAAAGCGAAACGACGGUGAUAAUAGGGGCGGGUCGAGGCUUUGGUCUCGGGAGGGAUUUGUUUCAGAUGUGGUAGGACAAGUAUUGCCAAUACACAGCUUCGAAGUUAUGUCUAAUGAAUUUGUGCACCGUAGGAAAAUAUUACAAUCUCCUAGGAUGUGCUACGG